AUGGAGCAGCCGGUGGAGACAGAGCCCGUCUCAGCCCACACCAUGCUGUGGCCCCUGUUGCUGUUGCUGGCCGCCGGUGAGGCCCAGACCACCCGGCCCUGCUUCCCUGGAUGCCAGUGUGAGGUGGAGACCUUUGGCCUCUUCGGCAGCUUCAGCCUGACGCGAGUGGAUUGCAGCGGCCUGGGCCCUCACAUCGUGCCCGUGCCCAUCCCCCUGGACACAGCCCACCUGGACCUGUCCUCCAACCGGCUGGAGACGGUGAACGAGUCCGUGCUGGCAGGCCCGGGCUACACCACGCUGGCCGGCCUGGAUCUCAGCCACAACCUGCUCACCAGGUUCUCGCCCACGGCCUUCUCCCGCCUUCGCUACCUGGAGUCACUUGACCUCAGCCACAAUGGCCUGGCCGCCCUGCCCGCCGAGAGCUUCACCAGCUCGCCCCUGAGCGACGUGAACCUGAGCCACAACCGGCUCCGCGAGAUCUCCGUGUCCGCCUUCGCCACCCACAGCCAGGGCAGGGUGCUGCACGUGGACCUCUCACACAACCUUCUCCACAGCCUCGUGCCCCACCCCGCGCGGGCCAGCCUGCCGGUGCCCACCAUUCAGAGCCUGAACCUGGCCUGGAACCGGCUCCACACCGUGCCCGACCUCCGGGACUUGCCCCUGCGCUACCUGAGCUUGGACGGGAACCCACUGGCGGCCAUCGGCCCAGGGGCCUUCGAGGGGCUGGCGGGCCUUACACACCUGUCGCUGGGCAGCCUGCAGCGUCUCCCCCAGCUGGUGCCCUAUGGCUUCCGUGAGCUGCAGGGCCUGCAGGUCCUGGAUUUGUCAAGCAACCCCAAACUCAAGUGGGCAGGACCCGAGGUGUUCUCAGGCCUGGGCUCCCUGCAGGAGCUGGACCUGUCAGGCACGGGCCUGGUGCCCCUGCCCGAGAAGAUGCUCCUCCACCUCCCGGCGCUGCAGAGCGUCAGCGUGGGCCAGGGCGUGCAGUGCCGUCGCCUGGUGCGGGAGGGCGCCUACCCCAGGCAGCCUGGCUCCGCCCCCAAGGUGGCCCUGCACUGCAUAGACACCCAGGAAUUAGCUGCUGGGGGCUCUGAUACCUUGUGA